AUGUGGGGCGCCAGGGCCCAGCAAUCAGGCCCGGGCGGGGGCGGAGCCUGCCUGCUGGCUGCUCUCCUUCUCUGUACCCUCUUGCCACUACAUGCCCAGAACUACACGACCCUAGCAGGAACCCCACCCACGCUGAGCACCCGGUCCACACCAAAAGGGACUGUCUCCACAGUAUGUGGCAAGAACAAAUUCGAAGGGAAGAUCUUUGGUGGUCAGAUGACAAGACUUCAGCGUUGGCCGUGGCAGGCCAGUCUGCUCUUUCAAGGCUGGCACAUCUGUGGAGCAGUUCUCAUCGACAAAAACUGGCUAGCCAGUGCUGCCCACUGCUUGCAAAGGUCUCAAAAACCAUCUGACUACCGGAUCCUGCUAGGGUACAGCAAGCUGAGCAGUCCGACCAACUACAGCCGGCAGAUGACGGUCAAUAGGUUCAUCGUGCACGAGAACUACAGCAAGUUCCACCCUCAGAGGAGCGACAUUGCCCUCAUUCAGCUUCACAGGCCUGUGGUGUACAGUUCCCACAUCCUCCCGGCCUGUGUCCCAGAGGAAAGCACGAAGGUGCUCCCAGACGAGCCUUGCUGGAUAAGCGGCUGGGGAAUGCUGAGAGAGGAUCAGUUCCUGCAAGCACCCUUCCCUCUGCAGGAAGCAGAGGUCUUCCUUAUGAGUGACAAGGAAUGCGAAGCCUUUUUCCAGACUCCGGAAACCAGCACCCUUCAUUAUGAAGCUAUAAAAGAAGAUAUGAUUUGUGCCGGGGACCUCAGCAAUGAAAAGUCCAUUUGUCGGGGAGAUUCUGGGGGUCCCCUUGUCUGCUCACUGGAUGGUGCCUGGUAUGUGGUAGGGCUGGCCAGGUGGACCACAGCAUGUCUGGACCCAAUCGCUAGCCCCAACAUCUUCAUCAAGGUCUCCCACUUUUCUAACUGGAUCAGGAAGAAAAAGGCAGCUACUCCUGAUGCUGACCCCUUGUUGGCACCCCCUGAGGAAACCGCCUCAUCUCUCAUCAGCUGGAGAGGCUAUAGUGCUGGCACUACCAUCAAACCCAGGAUCUUCACAACCCUGAUAUCCGCUCAGGUCCUCCUCCUGCGAUCAAUUUGGCUCAGGAUUCGGUGA